AUGACUGAAAGUGUUGCCUACAGAGCCUUUGAGGCUCUGUCAGAGAACACAGGAUACGUUGCGGCGCUAAUUUUGUCUGCUUAUAUCUUCUACCAGCUCAUCUACCAGCCACUACUGGCAACUCCUCUACGAAAGCUCCCAGGUCCAAAGGCUUUCGCCGCAUCUAAAUGGCGACUGGCGUUUGCCGACUACCAUGGAGUCAGAACUCAAUGCGUACACUCCUUACACCUGGAGUAUGGCACUGCAGUGCGCAUCGGUCCAAAUGAGGUGUCAUUCUCCUCCCUUUCCGCUCUAAGAACGAUCUACGGUGCAGGAUCGGGGUUUGAGAGAACAGAGUUCUACAGAAUGUUUGACGUCUAUGGACGACAGAAUCUUUUCACCUUUGCUGGCACUAAACAACAUGCUGAGAGGAAGAAGCUACUUGCCCAUGCUUAUUCCAAAAGCAUCGUACUGUCGCCCAACGCCAUUGCAAAGCCCUUGAUAGAGAAAAACGUGAAGAGCUACCUGGACCUGUUGGAAAGGGAGAAAGAUGUGGCCGAGGAGAUAUUCCAGAGCCUUCAUUGGUUUAGCCUUGACAGCAUUACCGGCUUCCUUUACGGAGAUCAAUACGGAGGAACGCAUGCACUCGGAGGAAAUGAUACGGACAGGAGGAUGCUGAGCGAUAUUAUCGACCCUAGUCGGCGAAAGCUAAGCUGGUAUGCGGUACACUUGAAGCAAUACACGAAGUGGCUUUAUACACGGACGGGAGCCAUAGAGAAAGUUGUCACAAAGCUCGGGCUACUGCCUAUGCAGAAACCUGCAACCUAUACGGGUAUUCGAGCACAUGCCCUCCAAUCAUGGACCGGGUUUGAGACUGCUGCAAUGGAAAAGGAUCCGGAGCAGGACCUGACCAUUGCUGAUAAGUUGUGGCGCCACAGGAAAUCUGGCAAAGGUACUCGUCUCGAUGGUCUCGAUAUGGCCUCCGAAUUGGCCGACCAUCUACUAGCCGGUAUCGAUACGACAAGUGAUACCCUGAUGUUCGCGAUAUGGGCUCUUUCUCGACCAGAGAAUAAGAUCUAUCAAGAGAGACUAAUCCAAGAAGUCGAUACUAUUCUCGACACAGAUUGCAACGAGGACGGAAAUCCACUCGCUGAAGUCGCCGACCGAUUGCCUUACCUUGAUGCUGUUCUCAAGGAGACACUUCGGCUAUAUGCCCCUCUACCAGCAUCAGAGCCGCGAUCGAUGCCGGUUGACACAAUAAUUGACGGUUACCUUAUUCCAGCCGGAACCAUUGUGAGCAUGUCACCGUACACACUUCAUCGCAAUCCUGAUGUAUUCCCGGACCCUUUGAGAUUCAACCCUGAGCGAUGGCUCGGUCUAUGUGGGGAUCUUACAGAGAUGAAAAAGUGGCUCUGGGCGUUCUCUAGUGGAGGCCGCAUGUGUAUUGGCUUGCAUCUUGCCAUGGCGGAGAUGACAACAUUGCUUGCUGCCAUCUACAGAAAAUACACUACUAGUGGGUAUGAGAAGCAGCAAGGCGUGAGCCCUGGGAUUACGAGCCGAUUUGAAGUCUUCUAUGAUGAGACCUUCUCCACAUUUGAGGAACAUGAAUGUUGGAUUGGGUUUAAAAAACAAUCAUUACACCAGAACUGGAUUGAGAAACUCGAACAACCCAAACAAAUCUUGGAGCAGCUAUAUCUGGCUGCCUACCUGAUUGAACUCUGGCGAGGCAUGUACGGCGCCGUUCCAGCAACAGACCAAUUACAACCUCAACCAAACAGCAAUGUGCUAUUUCCGGGGUUUGUGAGUCUAGCCUGUGGGAGUGGUAUCCUCGUGUACGUGCUUUAUAUGGAAGGGUACAAGGGAUCAGGCUUUGAUGCCCGCCGUCGCAAAACCUGGGAGACAUAUCCCAUCGAGGUACAGGACCGCCUCGAGGAGAGAAUAUACAUUCCCCAGCCUUUUACAGAUGCCAUAGGCCUGCCAGAUAUCGAAGCAGAAAUACACACGGGCGACUUUCCAGCCGAUGUAUUCAUCAUAUCUGAUCAUUCAGACGAGUUGACUGUUUGGACUCCACUUAUGGCUGCCCUUGCUAGUCCGUCGUCUCCUUUGCCGUUUUUCAUUAUACCGUGUUGCUCUUGUUCUCUUUCUGGCAUUCGCUACCGCUAUCCUCCGAAGAAAAGCAUACUAGAAAGAAAGAGUGUCAAUUUCAAUACGAGUACAAAUGCCGAAAAGUAUGUGGAGCAGAAUCCUCAACCUUCUUCUGGCGAUUUACGAUCUCUUCGAGCCACAAAAGACGAGCAGAAAACUGAUCGUGGAUUCGGCAAUUCUAUGAUUGGGUCUCUUACAGCUAAGACAAGAGAUAUUGCUGAGGAAGUUAAGUUCGAGGUUGAGGAGACAUAUUUACAGACCCCAGGUGCUUUUUCCAGGGCUUCCAGGGCAUUGAUAGGGAGAAGAAAGCAGCAGGUAGAAGAGUCGGCCAAAACGAGCCCUGGCCAGAGCUCCCAGUCGGCGCUAGUGGAUAAGGUCACCAAAAUUAUUGAGCGUGAAUGCGCUAAAGAUGGAGGAGUUCAGGCUGCUGCCAAGCUCUGGAUUGAGCAGGCGAAGAGCCUUCAUCGGCAACAAGGAGAUUGA